AUGCCCGAGCAUGCUUACCACUCGGUGCCUGAGCUCGAGGAGAAGAUUGAGCGUGCUGAAGACAACACUCGAGACGUUCACACCUCCGAUGACGACCUUACGAGCGAUGGCGAGCGAUACCACGUUCGCAGCAUCCGGGCGGAGCGCCGUCGGGCCAAGCUUGACGCGAUUGUCGAUCUCACUGGUGAUGCCGAGGUGAGGGAGGAGCGCGUGAAGAUCAAGGAAGAGCGUCUCGAGGCCAGUGGUGUCUGGGGUGUCCUGCACGGUCUGCCUGCCCAUCAGCAGAUGCUUACGCCGUGGUUCAUCUUGAUCCUCUUGCUCACGGUGCACCAAAUGCUGAGAAUGAACUACCUCAUCGCCACCAUCCGUGCCCAGUAUCGCUUCAUGCUCGGGUCUGAUGUGCUGGCUGAGUCGAUCAACCACUUUUUCGAUGCUGCUCUGCCCAUUGGCGGUGUCGCUGCGACACCCUUCAUUGCCGUCUUGCUCAACAACGCAAGCGUGCCGGUCACAUUCGGCAUCUUAACCGUCCUGAUCAUCGUCGUUGCCGUGCUCAACUGCAUUCCCCAGCUGUGGGCAGGGCUAACGACUGCCAGCGAUUACGCUACGAAAGUCUUCGGCUUCGCCACGUUUGGGCGCAUUUAUGGCGCGUUGGUGUGCAUCUCCGGUAUCAUCAGCUUUGCGCAGUCGGGUCUCGAUGCAUGGACCCAUGGUCCGCUGCAUGGUAACCCCGUGCCUGUGAACAUAAUGAUGGGCGCGACCGGGACUGUUCUUGGCAUCGCUCUCGUUCUUUUUGUUGCCAUCCAGGUCGGGUUACACAACGAAAGGGAAAAAGCUGAGGCUGACAUGGAGCGAAUGCCGCUGAUCUGCGAGGAAGAAGAGGGAUACGGAACCAGGGGCGAUCGCUCCUUGCAGCUCCCCUCUGUGGACCCGGUCGCGGCCGCCGAGCGCCUGGCAAGUUCCCUGGCCCGCUGGAUCCGCCACGCCCUCGACGGAUCGGGGAACUUCCUCAAUGGCCACAUCCUCUACCAGGGCUUCGGCUCCAUCCACAUACGCGUAGACGGCGAGGAGCGCAAGAUCUUUGACCUGACGGAACACUUCUGCCGCUUGCCGAUCGACGCCGAUGAUGGGAGGUUCUGGCCGCUCACCUGCUUUCCGGACCGCGUGAGCUUCGAGGCGUGGGCACAUGGCACGGUGGAGAAGCGCAAAGCGCGAGGGUUGUGGAAUGAAGACGUCACGAGGCGAUUGAUCGAAGACGGCCAGCCGGAAUGCGGAUUGACGCUGCCCGGUCUGUGGAUGGCGGUGUAUGAUGACCAGGAGUACCGGCCGCUAUGGGGACCUGCUCAUCGAUGA